UUGCUCACGAGGAGCUGCCCCCGCAAUGAGAACUUCUGAGCAGGCUUGCCUGCUGACCCGGGUCGCGGAUGGGGCAAUGCCGGAGGAUCUGCCCAGAUUUUAGCAGCGCGUCUCCCGCCCACGGCUGCUGGAGAGAGAAGAGACCAGAGCGACCCGAGUGGGUGAUCAGAGCCACUCGUGGCCUUGGGGCCGCGGGGCUCGGCCCAGUGUGGCUUCACCACCUUGUCGGUGUGGUGCAUCGUGGUGCAUCGUGGUGGUGCACGUGUCCAUGCCACGUCUGCCCCUCAGAUUUGGGGAUGACGGCGCUGAGGAUCCCGCGCUGGCCUGAGUCUGACUUAAAGAUCACAGUCAGUAUAGGGGGGAAUGAAGAGUCACAUGCUUGGGUCCAAAGAGUCACCUUCCCCACUCUGAGAGUGACGAUGCCAAGCCAGCCCCUGGGCAAAGAAGCCGGGGCCAUGGAAGGGGACGGGGACAGGGACGGAGACUCUGCUCCAGAGAUGAGCGGGCUGGAGGAGGAGGGCAGUGAGGACGAGCAGAGCGCCAGCCAGACGGAGUCCGACGGGGAGAGCUCUGAAAUGGACGACGAGGACUGUGAGCGCCGCCGCGUUGAGUGCCUUGACGAGAUGUCUGACCUGGAGAAGCAGUUCUCGGAACUGAAGGAGAAGCUGUUCAAGGAGCGACUGAGCCAGGUGCGUUUCCGGCUCGAGGAGGUCGGGGCUGAGCGUGCCCCCGAGUACACCGAGCCCCUUGGGGGGCUGCAGCGGAGUCUCAAGAUUCGCAUUCAGGUGGCUGGCAUAUACAAGGGCUUCUGUCUGGAUGUGAUCAGGAACAAAUAUGAAUGUGAGCUUCAGGGGGCCCGGCAGCACCUGGAGAGUGAGCGGCUGCUGCUGUAUGAUGCCCUCCAGGGGGAGCUCCAAGAGCGUAUUCAGCGGCUCGAGGAAGACCGCCAGAGCAUUGAUAUCAACUCUGAAUGGUGGGAUGACAAGCUACACCCGAAAGGAAGCUCGAGACCCUGGGAGGCCCUGCAGUCGGGCAAGAGAAAGAAGGCACCGCUCGUCUCUGGUCCUUACAUUGUCUACAUGCUGGAGGAUGUGGACAUUCUGGAGGAUUGGACGGCCAUUAAGAAGGCUAAGGUGGCUGUGUCCCCACAGAAGAGGAAAGUUGAGGCCCCUGAAGGGCAGACAAGCUGCGCCCAAGGCCUCACCGGACACCUGGGUCUCCUGGACCGGCUGCUGGGCCCUCCAGCCACCAGAUGACUCCAUGACCUGGCUUCCACCACCCUUUCCUCCACCAUCUCGCCUCUUGACAACUGGGAUGCCACCAUGCUGUAGAUGUGGGGCUGACCCAGGUG